UUGGAGAGCUUUCAUGGUGACUUGCAAAAGAUCCUCCUCUCUCCAGACCGACCAAAUUCUCAUCGUUUCGUUGAAGUGGUAAUCACCAUGUGCCGCGAAUCCUCAGUGCUUCGUCCCCCACGCUCUCUGCUGAAGUCUCCAUUUCCGUCACCCAACUUGUGAGGAAAACUAGGAGGAGGAGGAGGAGCGAGAGAGAGAGUGUGAGUCAGUGUAGAGCCUGCCUGUAACCCUGUGAAACCCAAUUUUGCCGUUUGAUGGUUAUGUAGCUGGUCCGUUACGUUAUCCUGUAGAUUCAGCGAGUUUUUCAGUGUUCGACAUGCCUUAGGGGAUGUCGAAGAUAUUCACAUAGGUGAUGUGCUCGAGUAUUUACUAGCGGUGCGAUAGCUCGUAGGAUUUGGAAAACGGGCUGCAGUCGGUGCGGUAUUGGGUUUGAUCUGCUGUGUUCAGCUGCGAUAAGUUCUAUCUGUGUAACCUGGUCUCUGAAGUCGGAGUGUUGGGGUACAGCUGAUCAUCGAGUUCUGCAGUUUUGAAAUUGCGUCAUGAUCGUCACUGCUGCCGAGUUUCAUCCCUAACGUUGAUCUGUCGCGCUGGUGUCACAUUGCCUCGUCCGUUGGAUCUGGCUUUCGCUUCGAAAAACCUUCUCUCCAGUUUUGUCAGCGAUAUUCUCCCCCUAGAACGACGGAUUUUUGAAGUAUACGCACAGCAGAAGAAAGCGAACAGAUCUUAGACUAAAUUUGUAAAUUUUUAGUUUUAAGCAGGGUCUGUCUUGCGAGUAGAAUAUCCGACACAGCUGCAGCAAGGAGUGCUGCCGUAAUACUCUAGUGCUCAGCUCCUUGUUCUGCAUCAUUACACACAAAAGACGGAUCACCAUCGGAAGGAACAGUUUCCUGCGAGAAGAAUAGCUCAAUAAAGACCACGGCGAGAUUGUGGUAUAAAGCGGGUUGUUGAGUUUUAGGCCGGAGAAGUAGCUCACGCCACAAACUAGAGUGCUCGGAGUUGGUUGAUUCCUCAUUUUUUGUUUCCAAGCAGAUAUCAGUAACGAUGACACUUAGUUUGAGACCGGAUGAUCGCAGCGCGCUCAGAACUAUGGAAAAAUGGUCGAAUUCCGGUGCAGGUUGGAGCAAUCAUCAGCACCCAAUGCUCGAAUCCUCGAUCAGUCCUCUGUUUAAUUACACGCAAUCUCACAAUGGGCUGCAAUCACAGUCAAUGUUCCUGCAUCCGAUGGGAGCUGCGGAGCAGCAAGCUCUGGUGCAGGCAUUUGUGCAGGCUAAUGUGGGGUGCAUGAUGGACCAGCCAUCGCAGAGUGGGUGUGGGAACCUUGACUCGCUGCUCAAGUCCAGCAACAGCUCCAGUAUGGUGGAUUCCAGCGCAAGCGAGAUGACAUCCCCGGACGACGACUGCACUGGUGCACCAGAGAAUAAUCUUCACAUGAAUUGUAUUCCCUCUCUCGGCGGCGGCCCCGUAUCUCCCGUUUUGACCAGCAUGCUUGAUCGCACCGCUAGUAAUGGUGCGUCCUUGAUGGCCGCCCACCCACAAUCCAAAAACGAUUUUUUUCGUAUGAGGAGUCCGGGAGGGCCGCUGUCGCCAGGAGCGUCAGCCUGUGCGGAAAGCGAGGAUUCUUUACACGGCGGUGAGGCGUGCGCACCUGCAAUGACGGGUCUCAAGCGCCGCAGCUUCGAAGGGGACGACGGAGACUGGAUGGUGGAUCAGAUGCAUCUCAGUCAGAAGGUGGAGAAACAGCAUCACCAGCAACAACCCGAGAAAGCUCUUGCGUUUCAAGAGAGUUUCGGAGGGUAUAACGUCGAAGUAGCCUCGACAGUAGGUUUAACUGCGACCUACUCCGACUCGCUUACCAUUCCCUCUUUGAUGCAACCCUCACCGCAACCAUUUCUACGGAGCAGUGGCAAUUGUGGUGCAGCAUCGCCGGUGGACUUGGACGAGUUCGCCAGCAUGCGCGCCAUCUUGUUUCGGCAUGCUUCCCAGCCUGUACCCAGUCUGGAAGAGAUCGCAAGCUCCCGUCCCAAGAGAAGGAACGUGAGAAUCUCGAAAGACCCCCAGAGCGUCGCGGCUCGCCACCGCCGCGAGCGCAUCAGCGAUCGCAUCCGCGUUUUGCAGCGGCUUGUUCCGGGCGGCACCAAAAUGGACACAGCGUCCAUGUUGGACGAAGCCAUACACUACGUGAAGUUCCUCAAGCUGCAGCUCCAGACAUUGGAGCAGAUUGGGAACAAUGGUUGUGAUCCCCGAUCGUUUUUAGAGCAAGGGGGUGCAACUGAGGAGCUUGCAAACUUGGUGCGCCCGUUCGACUUGAACUGCACCGCUGCGUUUCAGACAUGGCCGCCUCAGACGACUACCAUGGUGAACCAUGGCGACACGUCUCCUCAAGGGCACAAUUCGACGGAGUGGGCCUGUGAAGCCAACCAAGACGAUUGCCCAAUGUAAUAGGAAAAAAUCUCACAUUUUCUUGUGUUACAGCAUGAGCUUUGCGAGGAGCUUCGAAACAUGACGCAUGCCUCCUUGAGCAAGACCUGACUGGAGGCGACAUGACUGGAGUCCACAUUUUGAGGAAAUUAAUCGUCGACAACAUACUUUUAAUGUUCGGCUGCCUGCCUGCCUGCCUGCCUGCAAGAAAGGACAUGCCGUGCACAGCACAAGAAUUUGGCAGCAAUUUUGUGAGACACCAUAGCUAUUGCAUUGAGAUGAUUUGUCGAGCCCUUGAGACGGAGAUUCAACACCUAAUGGUUCUUCCAUCCGCAGCCCCCCUUCUUCCUGUUCAUGUUCAUCUUUUUAUUUUGAUUUUUGGUUUUUUAUAUUUAGUUUCGAUCUUCACUUGUCCCCUUCGAGGCUGAUCCCCGUUUGUAUCGUAAACCAAAGUACAUACAAGAACCAAUCCCUCCGAUUCAUCAUCAACUCCACAUGCCGCCCUGCGCUCGCCCUCGGAGGAUGCCGGUGGAGAAAGCGGUGCCCAAAUUCAUUUCUAGUAUUGGAACAUCUAUUCUGUUCCUCCUUUCAAGUUCACUCUUGUAUAGUUGGUAGUUAAUUUGAUGAUCACUAGCCUGUCAUCGAGGCUUCUCGACUGUUUUGUGAUUUUCAGCUCCCCCAUAGAUGUUCCAGAUUUUGAGAUCACAGAUCUAGGGUGGAAGAAUCUGUACAAGUGGUAUGACCUUCCUUAAAAACCCCAGAUCUUUGAGCCUUGUGUGCAGCAAAAAAACGAAAAAUAAAUAAAAUUGUACAGACCACCACUGCAAUGCAAAUGCAAGUCAUUGCCUCUCUAUGAAACAUACCCCCAGUGGCCAUUUUUUUCUAAAACUGGUUGCCUUCUAUGCCAAGUUCGGUGGCUCUGAGGCUAUGUGGUCUUGGGUAGAUUGUGAAACGUUUGUUCCCCUCAUUCCUUGCCUUGAAAGUCUUCUUCUUGCUCCUCUCUUUUGUCUAUGGAUCAUGGGGCUGUCACAACAAUUUGAUUGAACCAUGUAUCCUGAAGGUUUGUACAUAUUUUGUGGGUCAACUUAAUGUUGGAAUGGAGGAGGCUAGUUCUAUCAUUUUUUUAAGGAGAAUUUGACAAGCUCUUGUGUAAGCUUGAAGUACACUGCUUCCAUUUAGUGGGCACCUGGAUGGAUUCCUGAGAGCUCUGGAACAACCAGGAUAUGUCAUGACAAUUGCUCAUAAAUUGCCUUGGCAUGACACAGUGCAUUGGGGGGAGAGAGAGAGAGAGAGAAUAUAGAGAACAACUAAGUUCAGUAUACUGCCAGCCUUGUCUGGAGAAACACUCUGGGUUUGUGCUCUAAUGGCUUCCUCAAGGGUGGUUUUGUUUGUUUGUUUUUAUUGUUUUCUAAUUCAGAUGUAUCAGGCAUGAGCCUUGUGAAACUCAUUCAUCAAU